GGUGGAGGUUCUGGUGGAUCUGUCAGGGAUGCUGGUGGUAGUUUUGGUAAGAUGGAAGCUGCAAGGGAAGAAGAAUAUUUUAGGAAACAACAAAAAGAGCAGCUUAAAUCUUUGAAAGGCCACCUUCAUGAAGAAAUAGAUCAUCAUGAAGAAGAAAUAGAAAGACUGCAAGAGGAAAUCAAACGACACAAGCAAAAGAUUUCUAAAUUGAACCAGGAAGAGAAGAAAAUAGAUAGUUAAACUUCAAAAUGAAAAUAAUCCAUUUUGUUACUUAUAAAUUUUUUGUUUGAUUUGUCUGCUAAUUACUAGAAAAUGAUCAAUAAGCAUUUAAAAACUUGUAUGUUGUUAAAGUAAUAUAACAAUAAUUUGUAAAUAAACUUUUAUUUACAGCA